AUGGAAAGCCAUAGAAACAUCUCAGAAUUCAUUCUUCUAGGACUUUCGUAUGACCAGAAUAUACAAAUAUUUUGUUUUGUGUUCUUCUUAUCGUGUUAUCUUCUCCUGUUGGUUGGAAACCUUCUGAUCCUGUUCUCCAUUCAAUGCAGUCCUCUUUUUCACCAGCCAAUGUACUAUUUCCUCAGCCACUUAUCCUUCAUAGACAUCUGCUAUACCUCCAGCGUUACACCCAAAUUAAUUGGAGAUCUGCUAGUAGAGAGAAAAACAAUUUCCUAUACUAAUUGCAUGGUACAGGUCCUUAUCAUGCACUUCUUUGGAGGUACUGAGAUCUUUAUUCUUACUGCCAUGGCUUUUGAUCGCUAUGUUGCCAUCUGCAAGCCUCUCCACUAUGUGAUUAUCAUGAACAGAACAAGAUGCAAUCUCCUACUCUUAGUUGCUUGGGCUGGUGGAGCUGUCCAUUCUUUUCCUCAGUUCUUCAUGGCAAUUGGAUUACCAUUCUGUGGUCCUAAUCAAAUUGAUCACUACUUCUGUGAUAUUUUCCCUCUGCUAAAAAUUGCUUGUACUGAUACCUACAUCACUGGUGUCCUUGUGAUUGCCUUUUCAGGUAUGAUUGCCUUAGUUACCUUUGCUGUCUUAUUUAUUUCUUAUGGCAUUAUAUUAUUCACCUUAAAAAAUCAUUCAGCUGAGGGAAGACACAAAGCCCUCUCUACCUGUGGGUCUCAUAUCACUGUGGUCAUCUUAUUUUUCAUACCUGUUAUCUUUAUCUACCUUAGACCUCCUACUACUUUCCCUGAGGACAAGAUAUUUGCACUGUUUUAUACCAUCAUUGCUCCUAUGUUCAAUCCCUUAAUUUAUACUCUGAGAAAUACAGAGAUGAUAAAUACUUUGAAAAAAUUUAGUAUCAAACAUUAUUUUCCAAGGAAGCACACAAUUAAGAAAUAA